UGUGGGUCACGUACGCAUGUCCCUAAUCACGUACUGCGGUUUAUUAAAAUAUAAUCAGCUGCUUUUUGUUUUGUUACAAAAUAUUGUAUUGAGGUCGUUUUUGAACGUAUAUUUUAAGAAUAUUUCAGUUCUUUAUAAGAGAACUAAGAAAUGUUAAGAUACUCUUUAUAUAGCGCCACAUAUUUUUCCGGUAUAUUCUGUUAAAACGUAAACAAAAAUGGUUUUAGUAAAGCAAGGAAUAAAAGGGGUGUUUUUUCUGUUAAGAAAUGAUUACCCUAAGCUGUACCAAGGCUAUCGAAAAUGCUCUGACUUGUCUAUUGUCAAAACUCAACUAGAAGUUCCAACCUUUUGUGAUAUUCAUCUUGAUCUCGCUUGUAAAGUUAGAAUUAAACCUCUUAAUAUUAACAAAUAUCACAAUUCUAAUGUGUUUUUACUGCAAACUGAUAUGAAGUAUGAUAAUGCUAUCGAACACUAUAUUGAUGGAAAUAAGGUUAUUGUAAAAAGCCAUGAGAAACUAAAUCAGAACACUCUUUGCAGCAUUAAAGCACCAGUUAAAGCAAAUUUGCAUGUAAAAUCGAGAAAUGAUGUUACUAUUGGGUUUUUCCACGGAGAUAAACUCACAAUUAACACUGAAGGAAACAUUUUUGUCGACCGUUUCCAGGGUGAUACCUUGGAUGUUACCACAACUAAUGGAUCUAUUAUACUUAAUAAUUAUAUUCAGGCUGCUAAUAUAAGUGCUACUGUUACUAAUGGGUCAAUUUCCACAGGCAGAUUGCAAGGGAAUAACUUAAAACUGAAAGUAAUUGAAAAUGGAAGUCUGUCCGUUCAAUCGUCCUAUUGUAAUGACAGUGUUUUUGUCGUUGAAAAGGGCAAUAUGGAGCUUGAUAACAUUCACAAGAACUGUAAAAUAUUUUUGGUGAAGGGCAAUUUAGUACUUACCGGAUUUGACGGGCAACUUUCAACAAUCUUGAAUUCCGGUUCUGCAGAUGUUCAUCUAUCUCGUCUAACUGGCGACAGUAACAUUACCCUAAAUGGCAAUGGCAACUUAAUCUUGCGUAUGGCAGACACCUGUCAAGAUUGUACCACAUUAAAAAUCGUUAGUCCUAAUGUUGACCUACAAGACAUCGUCCGAUCUGAAAUUGAGAAAACCAAUGAUGGAGUUUUAUUAAAACCAGAAGUUCAAAGUAACAAUUCUAUGUUGGUUAAUUGCUUAAAAUCUGAUGUUAAGCUAAAAAGUACCUCCUGGCAGGAAAUGAUUAAGAUGAAGGUAAAAAAUAAGUGACCAAUAAAGUUUGAUGAGUGACUAAAUUUAUAAUAUUUUUAUGCAAUACUAAGGUUUUUUAUAAUGUUUUUGGGAACACUUGUAUUCAAGCGAUAAUCUUAACUUAUUUGGAUAUGUAUUCAGUAAAAUGUGUUUUACUUAGCUUUAAUUAUCUUGUGUAAAAAAUAAACUUCAAGCAAAUAAAAAAAGGAUAAAAAGUA